UCGUUGCUGCGUCGUGUAUUUUUUGGCUAGCGUUAUUCUCAUAAAUAAUGUUAACAUAAUUAUUUAAGCGUGACUACGAAGGUGAUAAAGAAGAAUUCAUUAGAUAAGAUAAUCCACUUAUAUGACAGAAGAUACAGAUGUGUCAAGAUUUACUGUGAUUUCGAACUUGUACUCGAGUUCAAUAUUCAAGUUAUUCCGUGCAGCUAUCUUUGCAAAUAUAGAAGAUAGGGCAACGAGUUCAGUGACCACCGAAACAGAACCAGGAAGUGCGAACCGAGAGCAGUUUCUUCACUCGUUUUGUAUAGACAGAUGGACACACCUGCUAGUCACUACUACAGAUCAGAUCUGGUACAAGGAGAAGCAUUUGCCAUUUGCUGUCGCGAGAGGAAUUUGCUGGUUUUACUGUGGAAUUUUUGGUAGAAAAAUGUUCUGACUUCUAUGCUGGAAAUUCGAUUCAAUUUCAAUAUUAACAAGCACCACUACUAAGCGGCUGAUGGGAAAAUGCUCAAUAAGGCGCCGGUGAUGUUACCAGUUGCACACAAAUUUUAUCCAGAGAAAAAGUCCCGACGUCCCGAGUCCCGACGGUAGAAUCAGACCAGGAUGAAUGAAGAAGAUCCGGUUAGUAAGAGGCUCUUGUUAGAGCGGGCCAAUGAAGAGAGGGAGGCAAUUUUUGGACGAUACGAUCGAGGUAGGAAGAAUGUCGAAAUCGACUCUUGGGACGAUCCAGCAUUCGAAAUAUACACCCAGGCCGAUCGAUAUGGGUUUCUGCAUCCAGAGAAAGACGAACCGGUGCGGGAUGAGUUGGAUGUGGUUCGACGAAAACAGAUUGAAAUGGAACGGUCGAAAAAGUGGCUCAAAAUGUUAAAGAAUUGGAAUAGUGCAGACACGAAGGAACGUCUGCAGCGAAGGGUGUUAAAAGGAAUACCGGAUCGGCUGCGUGCCGCCGUCUGGAAAAAACUGUUAAACAUUCAACAAGCGUUGGAUGAAAAUCCGGGUGUGUACGAUAAAAUGCUCAAAUUCGCUCGCCUGUACAGUCCCGACGUACGACAGAUUGAUAUGGAUGUGAAUCGACAAUUUCGAAAUCAUAUCAACUAUCGCGAGCGUUAUAGUGUAAAACAGCAAAGUUUACUUAAAGUGUUAGCUGCGUAUAGUAUGUACAACAUGGAAGUAGGUUACUGCCAAGGUAUGUCGACGGUGGCUGGCGUUUUAUUGAUGUACUUUGACGAGGAGGACACAUUCUGGGCGUUAAAUGCACUUCUCUCGAAUGAACGAUAUGCCAUGCACGGUUUGUACGUGGAGGGCUUUCCGAAGUUGAUGCGAUUUUUGCAGCACCAUGACAAGAUUCUAACAAAGUGCAUGCCCAAAGUGAAGAAACAUUUAGAUAAGCAUGGAGUGGAUUCUGUACUGUACUCUUUAAAGUGGUUUUUUGUUAUUUUUAUUGAGAGGAUACCAUUCAGCCUCUGUUUGCGAGUGUGGGAUAUCUAUAUGUUAUUCGGUGAACGAGUCCUGACGGCUAUGGCCUACACCAUUUUGAAGAUCAAUCGUGGAAAGUUGCUGCGAAUGAAGGACAUGGAUCAGAUAACUGAAUUCCUACAGAUAACACUGUAUAAAAAUUUCGGACACGAUGAUGAUACUGUGAUAAAAACCCUUCAGUUGGCGAUGUAUGAGCUGAAAAAGCUUAAUCUGGAUAAACUGCCACCUGCACCGCCCAGCGAAGCUCCGAAGUACCCGUUCGGACAGUUUAUCGAGCCCAGUUUGGAAACGAAGAUUGGUCAUAGGAAUGAAAAGUUUACCGAAAAGGAAACGGAAUUGAAACAGACCGUACUGUACAGAAGUGAGUCGAAAAAUGAAGAUGACGACGAAGACCACGAUAGCCGUCAUGACGUAAAUGACGAGGACGACCGCACUGAGCACGACUGCGAUGAUAUCACGGAGGAUACGAUUAGUAACCUGCACACAGGUGUUAGCAUGUCAUCGCUUAGAACGAUUCAGAGCUUCACCACGCUCGACACCAGCACGUCAUUAGCGACCAGCCUUAAUUCACUCGUAAUAAUAGACUCGUUCGAUGAGAAUUGUGAUAACAUGAUUGAGGAAAUUACUAGGCUUUAAGCAUUCGAAUAUUGUAUGCACAAGCAUGAGAUCGAU